AUGGCACGCAUCGCUCAGUCUCAGCUGGACGAACCGAAUGCACACAGCUCCAACCCUCCUUCAUCCCCCAGCUCAUCCUCAGAUAAAGAAAAUCGCCGAAACAGUGUGACCAAGCGAUCAACUGCUCAGAUGGCGCGCUCCAGCCAAUCUACCAAGCGUCGCCGCUUGACUGGUCGCGCGUCAAACAUCCAGUCGCAUGUAGAAUCGUCGCAACGAAAUGACAGGCGAUUCUACGACCCCGACCAGCCUGAAGUGGAACGAAGACGUCUUCGAAAAAGCUUAAGAGACCUCACGACUGAUCUCCAUGACUCGCGCGCCGAGUAUAUGCAGUCUGGAAAUGAUGGCAUCUACAGAACGGUCGAAAGAGCCAACACACUCUUCGCCAAAGUCAAGCAAACCUCCGAUGCCACCAUCGACUCGCGCCUCCUCGUCACCGCUGCAGACCUCUCCCACAAGAAAACCGCACAACUCGCGCUUGGAGAUUCCUCGGCCGGUAUCGAUGUGGACGAGUUCGUUUCCAAAUGUAUCUCGUAUAUGCGCCGGGGGCCCGACCUCGCCGAUAGUAGCACGCAGCGGCUACAACGCCCCCGCCGAAGCCAAAGAGACCCAAAUGAAAGCGACGAGGGAGAUCCUGGUGACGCGAUGAACUGGGACUGGCUCGGACGCACGGCUUGUCUCCUUCACAACUCUCGACCCACCGUGUCAGGAUUCUUACUGGGUCCGUUGUCCGUGCAAAAACGCACGCGGCAGCUGACCCAGCGAGCUGGACGCGAGCGCUUCGAUGCGAGAGAGGCUAUUCAGCCACAGGAACUCCAACAGGAAGAUCUUGGUCAGCAGGAGAAUUCAAAUCUUACAUUGAUGUGCUCCAAAAUCAACAGCUUGCUGCGCAAGACCAUGGACGACCAUCAAGAUAAAGUCAACGAGAUCCUCAACGCAGAAACAGAUCCUAGCGAGGAGAGAAUCCAGGAGGUGAUGGAUGAGUACCAUCUUGAUGUGGAUGGUAAACUUUCCUUUUUCCACUUCUGUAUCAAUCCUCUUUCAUUCGGCCAAAGUGUCGAAAACUUGUUCUAUAUCAGCUUCCUGGUUCGAGAUGGCGUUGUCGGCAUUUCUAUGGAUGGCCGUGGAAUUCCAACCCUAUACCCCACGGAGCCGUAUGCGCCACAUAUAGCUCAAGCAAAUAAAAUUCAGAAGCACCAGGCCAUCUUCAGCCUGGACUUCGAGACCUGGGCUGACCUCGUCAAUGUGUUCGAUAUUAAGAAAAGCAUCAUCGCCCAUCGCGAGGAAACACAAGAGGAGAGCGGCCAAACCUGGUAUGGCUAG